AUUUCCGAAAGACUAAAAUAAAUAAAGCUAAAGAUCAGCCGAGAGUCUUUUUACCUCCGACUCAACGGUCCGCCUCUCCAGACAAAAACCCUUCUCCUUCCCCAUCUCAAAAGCACAACUCUCCCGAUCACCACCGUCACCAUGUGCUAUGGUCAGCAACGACCCUUCUCCCGGGACACCCCUUCGCCACCGCGUGCCGUCCGAUCCCCCAACGACAACAACGCCGUCGCCGUCGAAGAUCUGCGCGGCCGCCUCGCCGAGACGGAGGCGCGUCUCACCCGCGCUAGGGCUCGCGAGGCCGAGCUCAACCGCCGCCUCGACGAGAUGAAACGCUUCGUUUCCGUCAUGGAGAUCAUCGAAACCUACCUCCUCCGGCGCUUCCGGGAGCAGCAAGAUUACGUCUCCCGCCUCUUCUCUACCUCACGUAAAUAAAUUAAUAAAUUAUACAAAAAUACUCCCUUCAAUUUCACCAAACUCUUUCUCUGUUCAUAGCUUCCUUUUUUGUUUUUUGGGUUAUUUAUCAUCCUGGUUCUUGUUGUGUUUGUAUUUUAUGGAAUUACUGUUUUCAGGAAUCUACUGCUGUGGAAGAUUUAUUCAUAGAAAAUGAGAUUUACUGAUAGUGGUGUCAAUGUGAAUGUGAAUGUUGUUCUUUAGGUUGCGCAAUUAGAAAGAGAUUGCUUUUGUCUGGAUUCUUGAAGUAGAUUAGUGUUCUCUAUUUCUAUACAAAGUGAUUUCUUUUUGUUUGACUGC